AUGUCCUCUCCCCACUCUGGGCUGUCCAGUCCAUGUCCUCUCCCCACUCUGGGCUGUCCAGUCCAUGUCCUCUCCCCACUCUGGGCUGUCCAGUCCAUGUCCUCUCCCCACUCUGGGCUGUCCAGUCCAUGUCCAGUCCCCACUCUGGGCUGUCCAGUUCAUGUCCUCUCCCCACUCUGGGCUGUCCAGUCCAUGUCCUCUCCCCACUCUGGGAUGUCCAGUCCAUGUCCUCUCCCCACUCUGGGCUGUCCAGUCCAUGUCCUCUCCCCACUCUGGGAUGUCCAGUCCAUGUCCUCUCCCCACUCUGGGCUGUCCAGUCCAUGUCCUCUCCCCACUCUGGGCUGUCCAGUCCAUGUCCUCUCCCCACUCUGGGAUGUCCAGUCCAUGUCCUCUCCCCACUCUGGGCUGUCCAGUUCAUGUCCUCUCCCCACUCUGGGCUGUCCAGUCCAUGUCCAGUCCCCACUCUGGGCUGUCCAGUCCAUGUCCUCUCCCCACUCUGGGAUGUCCAGUCUUUGUUCAGCCAAGUCCGCUCAUUGUAACUAG